AUGGAAAGUAAUGAUAAAAAUGUACUACAUUCGAACAGAAAUAGACGAAAUAUUGAGGGAAACAUGGGUGUUUGGCUUGAUUCUCUGAUAAAUACUGCUGAUGGUAAUUUAAAGGCAAAAGAAUUAAUAAGACGUGCAGUUAACUACUUAAAAACAUUCGAUAAUAGCGAUGAAUGUACUAAUUACGUCAUGAACACUAAAACAGAAAAAAUAUUUUUUAUUAUUUCUGGUACAUUUAGCAAAAUUAUUGUACCUAUUCUACAUGAUAUUCAACAAAUUCAAUCGAUCUAUGUGUUUUGUUCAAAAAAAGAGAAAUACGAACAGUUAAUGAAAAAUUAUAAAAAAAUACGUGGAUUAUACGAUGAUAUUAAUAAUGUUUAUUUAGCAUUAAAAAAUGAUGUAUAUAUGUCCGUUAACGAUGAUUUACUCAUAAGUGUUUUGCCAUCUACAGUUGUAGUAAAUAAUAAACAAGAAGCGUCAUUUAUGUAUUUUCAAUUGUUAACAGAUAUUUUAAUUCAAAUGGAUGACAUUCAGAAAAAUGCUAAGAAGGAUAUGAUUGAUGAAUGUCGAGAACAAUAUACGGGAAAUAAACAAGAAUUAACUGUCAUUGAUGACUUUGAAGAGAAUUACUCAUCGGACAAAGCUGUAUGGUGGUAUACACGUGACUGCUUUCUCUAUCGAAUAUUGAAUAAAGCUCUUAGAGUACAAGAUGUUGAUAUUCUUUUUAAACUUCGUUUUUUUAUCAAAGAUUUACAUCAACAACUUGAACAAUUACGCUCACAAAACAAUGAAACAGGUACUUUAACAGUGUAUCGUGGACAAGCAAUGGUCAAAGAAGAAUUUAAUAAAUUACAAAAUCAUAUUGGUGGUUUUCUAUCGAUGAAUAACUUUCUAUCAACGUCUACAGAUCAACGUGUGUCUCUAUCAUUUGCUCAGCAAUCAUUGAAGCAAUCGAAUGUAGAAUCUGUAUUAUUCGAAAUGGACAUUGAUUUGUUAAAAUGUACACGCCCAUUUUACAACAUAGCAGAAUUGAGUUAUUUUAAAUCAGAAGCAGAGAUUUUAUUUUCAAUGGGCACUGUAUUUCGAAUUAAAUCUAUUAAACAACAGGAUGAUCAAAUAUGGAAUGUAAAAUUGAUUUCAAAUGGUGAUGAAGAUAAAGAACUACAAAUAUUGAAAGAUCAUAUGAGAAAAGACAUUAGUGGUGGAAGUUCUUUAAGUAUUUUGGGUGCGUUAAUGUUGAAAACAGGACAAUAUGAUAAAGCCGAACAAUUUUAUUUGAUGAUACUUGAACAGAUUGACGAAAAUGAUCUUAAUAGAGGAAUAUAUUAUAACAACCUCGGAGAAAUUUAUUUACAAAGAGACGCUUAUGAAAAAGCACUUGUAUAUUAUAAAAAGAGUUUGGAAUUUAAAUUAAAAUAUUUACCUCAAUCUUAUUCGUCACAUGCAUUAACUUAUAAUAGUAUUGGCAGUGUAUACAAAUAUCAAGGCGAUUUAGACGAGGCACUAACUUAUAUGAACAAAAGUUUGACUAUUUGUCAGAAAAUUUUUUUACCAACUGAUUAUGCUUUAGCAAUACCGUACAAUAAUAUUGCUAGUGUGUAUGAUGAUAAAAAAGAUUAUGCUUUUGCACUCGAUUACUAUUUGAAAGCACUUGAUAUAUACAAAGUAUCUCUUCCGUCAAAUCAUCCAUUAUUAGGUGUCAUUUAUAGUAAUAUUGGUACGGUCUUUCUCAACCAGAGUAACUAUACGCAGGCAUUAAAAUAUUAUGAAAUAACACUGAAUAAUCAGCUGAGUUCACUGCCACCAGAACAUCCAUCUCUCGAGAUCACGUAUAAUAAUAUUGGAUGUGUUUACUAUGAUCUAAACAAUUAUGAAGAAGCCAUAAAAAACUUGACUAUAGCCGUCGAAAUUGCAAAAAAAUCGAAUCAUCCUGAUAUGCACUCAUAUCAACAAUUGAUCGAUGGAAUUCGUAAGAAAAUGUGA